AUAGAUCCAGUGGCGCUUUGGUCCCUGCAAAGUUCACCCAGUAGGUCUUUUCCUGCAGAUCCAGUCAUGUCGACUAAAACUAAGGAUAUGGGUUCUUCCCUCAUCAACACUCAGCAGCUGCAUGCUGCCAUGGCAGACACCUUCAUUGAGCAUAUGUGUCUGCUGGACAUCGACUCCGAGCCUGCUGUGUCCCGCAACACUGGCAUCAUCUGCACGAUCGGACCUGCCUCCCGUUCUGUGGAUAUGGCCAAGGAAAUGAUCAAGGCUGGGAUGAACAUUGCAAGAAUGAACUUCUCUCAUGGCACCCAUGAAUACCAUGCUGAGACCAUCAAGAAUGUCCGUGAGGCAGCUGAGAGCUUUGGGCCUGGAUCUGUCGAGUACAGACCAGUGGCCAUCGCUCUGGACACCAAGGGACCAGAAAUCAGGACCGGACUCAUCAAGGGCAGUGGCACCGCCGAGGUUGAGCUGAAGAAGGGUGAGACCAUCAAGCUCACACUGGAUGACCAGUACAAGGAGAACUGUGAUGAGAAAGUCCUGUGGCUGGACUACAAAAACAUCACCAAGGUUCUGCAGACUGGAAACUUCGUCUACGUUGACGAUGGUCUGAUUUCCCUCAAGGUCAAGGAAAUUGGCAACGAUUACCUGAUGUGUGAGAUUCAGAACGGCGGCAUGCUGGGAAGCAAGAAGGGCGUCAACCUGCCCGGAGCGGCCGUCGACCUGCCCGCCGUGUCUGAGAAGGACAUUCAGGACCUGCAGUUCGGCGUGGAGCAGGGUGUUGACAUGGUCUUCGCCUCCUUCAUCCGCAAGGCUGCCGACGUGCACGCCGUCAGGAAAGUGCUCGGCGAGAAGGGCAAGGACAUCAAGAUCAUCAGCAAGCUGGAGAAUCACGAGGGCGUGCGCAGAUUCGAUGAGAUCCUGGAGGCCAGCGAUGGCAUCAUGGUCGCCCGUGGAGACCUGGGAAUUGAAAUCCCAACAGAGAAGGUCUUCCUUGCUCAGAAGAUGAUGACUGGCAGGUGCAACAGAAUCGGAAAACCCAUCGUCUGCGCCACACAGAUGCUGGAGAGCAUGACCAAGAAGCCUCGUCCCACUCGCGCUGAGGCCAGCGAUGUUGCCAACGCCGUGCUGGAUGGCAAUGACUGCAUCAUGCUGAGCGGCGAGACCGCCAAGGGAGAUUACCCCCUGGAGGCCGUGCGCACGCAGCACAUGAUCGCCCGUGAAGCCGAGGCCGCCAUGUUCCACAGGCAGAUGUUCGAGGAGCUGCGUCGCACCUCCCAUCUGACCCGCGACCCCACGGAGUCCGUCGCCAUCGGCGCCGUUGAGGCUUCCUUCAAGUGCUGCGCCAGCGCCAUCAUCGUGCUCACCAAGACUGGCAGGUCUGCUCACAUGCUGUCGAGGUACAGGCCCCGUGCCCCCAUCCUUGCCGUGACCCGCUGCCCUCAGACCGCCCACCAGGCUCACCUGUACCGCGGCGUCUACCCCAUCCUCUACACCAAGAACGCCAACGACGUCUGGGCCGAGGAUGUCGACCUGCGUGUGAACUUUGCCCUGGAAGUUGGCAAGCACCGCAAAUUCUUCAAGUCCGGCGAUGUUGCUAUUGUCGUGACCGGCUGGCGCCCGGGCUCUGGUUACACUAACACCAUGAGAGUUGUGCUGGUGCCUUGAACCUGAAAGGACACUAGUCGCCACCCCCCACCUCCUCUGCUGUAACUCACCUUCCUUCAUUUAGGACUCUCUGAUCACUUUCAGAACAAAAAAAAAAUCAAAGCUGGGCUGCUCCUUCAAAAGACUUUUGAUGGUGUCGUCCGCAGACAGUAACUCCAUGAUUCCUAUCAGUUGUAUAUCCGAUUUCUUGUUGAAGACUGAACUUGAUUCAAUAUAUUUUAGUGGCGUCUCCUCUGUCAUGUUAUUGUCUGACUGUCUGCAAGGUGAACAAAGUGGAGAACAGGGUUCCUCAGCAUACCUAGGUGCAUGUGUUAUCCUUUCCUUGGUUUUGGUUGCUUCAUUGUCCGAGGAUGAACAUAAAUAUGUACUUUUGUUUACUCCCUUCGUUCUUGUACCGCUGACAGCUGGCACGGUGUGUCAAUGUGACUUGAACUGGCGUGAAGAGGUUGUCUUCCAUUAAAACAAAGUUUUGGAUCAAG